ACUCCAACGUUGUCACUCACUCAAAAUCACACAACUUUAGCUACGCGUUUGUGGUUUCCAGCAGUAAAAGGAUUCAUAGAUCGCGGGAUAAAGAUAAAAUUUGAAGACUGCGGCAGGAGAUUCCUGCCAGGACAAGUUUUGCAUUUCCUGAAAAGCAGAAAGUCAGCCAGAAACACCACAGCUCCGUAGUCGCCAUCAACAUCACAACUUACACCAGACCUGGAAAACAAUAAUGGAGAAGCCCUCUCUCAACCUCGUGGCCACGUCCACGAAGCCAGAUGGUCUAUUUCCAUCAGCACUUAGAAAGACCACAAAUAAUUCUCUGCCAUCUGGUCAAACAGACUCAUUCUUCAAAAGUGUCCAAUGGUCCGCAGACGGCACAACCCUCUUCACCUCCUCCUCCUCCAACCGGAUCAACACCUUCGUCCUCCCCUCCACCCUCCUCGCACCUCGCGAUGAUGACUCUCCCCUCACCCUCACCCCCCAAGGCACACUCUACCUCCCCGAACCCACCGCAGCCAUCGCUCCCUGCCCUUACUUCGCCCUCGAACAGCCCUCAACACAGUGCAUCCUAACCGCCAGCACCGACCACCCAAUCCAUUUACACCACGCCUUUCCUCAGCCACCACCGCCAUCAGAUCCAUCUGAUGAUGAUGAUGACUUCGACCUCUCAACAUAUCAACAACAACCAAAACCCCUCGCCACUUUCCGUCUAAUCCACACCGAAACCGAGCGCUACCUCCCCAUCACCUCCCUCCUCUGGUCCUACCCGGGUACUCACUUCCUCGCGGGCUCCACCAACUGCCUUUCGCUCUUCGACGUCUCCCGACCCGACUUGGGACUCCCCUCCGACACCCCGCUACUAACCAUCAAAACCACGGGCCCUCAACACAAAUCCGGAAACGGAGCCAGAGUGGUGGGGAUGAAAGGCACAGUCUCCGCGCUGGCGAUGCAGCCUCUUAGCAACGGUAAUUAUGGCAGUGGAGGGAACGUGGUAAGCGCCGGAACGUGGACGAGGAAUUUGGGGUUGUAUGAUCUCCAUCGGGCGGGAGCGUGCGUGGCUACUUGGAAUGUGUCGCAGGCUGCUUCCCUAGCGGGAGUGGGAGGGAGGGGGGUGUUGCAGACGGUUUGGAGUCCGUGUGGACGGUAUCUGGUGGUGAAUGAGCGGGAGUCGAGCGGGUUGUUGGUGUAUGAUUUGAGGGGGACGCAUCGGUUGUUGGCGUGUUUGCAGGGAAGGGAUGGAGAGACGAAUCAGCGGUUGAGUUGUGAUGUUUUUCCGGGGACGAAUGAAGAAGUGGGUGGGUUUGAGGUGUGGGCGGGGACGAGGGAGGGGAAGGUGGUGGUUUGGGAAGGGGUUGGGAUGAGGGAGGGGAGUGUUGAGCCGAGUUAUGAUUUUGAGGUGCAUGCGAAGGGGUCGGCGGUGGGCGGGACGGCGAUGCAUAUGAGCGGGUCGGUGUUGGCUACUUGUUCGGGGUCGUGGAAGUUUCCGGAUGAUGAUGAUGAUGAUUCGAGUUCUGGUUCGGAUUCGGAGUCUCAUUCUGAUUCUGACGACGUCGAGUCUGGAACCUCCAGCAGUGAGAGUGACUCGGAGGAAGAGCAGGGUAGGGCAUCACAGCAACGACGGGGCAGAGCCAGGCCACCUCCGGCGAUGGUUGAAGAGACGAGUCUGAAGGUAUGGAGUAUCGGUGCAGGUAACAUGGCCGAGAGCGGCCAUCAGGAGGAGGUUAAUGAGCCUUACGAGACGUGAACUUGCAAAGCCAUAGCGCUGGAGAUAUCCCGGUUCAUUGGUAUGUCACCACUUUGUUCACUUGUGC